AUGUUAUAUUGUGUGUGCAAGUCAUUCCAACAAGAGACGACGUUCGUCUACAACGGUUUCGACCAAGGAGACCGUAUUCACCUUCAGGGUGGUGCAAGAAUCCUUCCAAAAAAAGAUGUCCUGCAACUGACGAAUGCCACAACAACACAAAUAGGUCGUGCUUUCUUUAAGCAGCCUAUUGAGUUCAAUCCAUCUGAACCAAUCUCCUUCUCGACGCAUUUUGUUUGCGCACUGGUCCGUGUAACUGAAGUGAGUAGCCAUGGCAUGGCGUUUUUUGUGUCUCAUUCCACUGAUUUCGUAGGCGCCGAACCAUCUCGAUACUUCGGGCUUUUCAACGCAAAUGAAUCUGCUUCGACAUUGGCUGUUGAGCUUGAUAUAUCUAAAGCUCUAGAUGUGCUCGACAUCAAUGAUAAUCAUGUCGGGAUUGAUGUGAACAGAGCAGUGUCUGUGCAAUCUGCUAACGCUUCUUAUUACUCAGACAAAGAAGGUCGGAAGAUAGACAUGAAACUCGUGAGUGGGCAACCUAUUCAGGUUUGGGUGGAUUACGAAGGAACAACACUCAACGUUUCACUGCUAAAGAUGAGUUCCAGAGGAGAAGGUUCUAACUCUUCGGCGGAUAGGAAGGUGACUAAAGAAACAGCGAGUGUGAUUCCCGUUGAAAGAAAGCUGGUUAAAACCAUGGUCUUGAAAACCAUUAUCUCUGCUUUCACCCCCUCUGGUGGUGAUCAGGGUUCUGAGCCUACCGGCGACAGCAACGGCAACCGUAACGGAGGCCGCGUGCAUCCUAGUCGCUGA